AAAACUAUGGAUAGUUUGAGACGAACUUUUGGUAAUAAUGAAGAAUCGGAAAAUAAUGAAUCAUUCUUUCCAUCACUCAGUUGGUCCACAAGACUACAGGGAUUUGUCAUAUGUUUUAUAUUAGGGUUUGUUAUGUCAAUAAUCGGUGGCGCGUGUAUUGCAUUACCUAAAGGACUGGUACUUUUUGCUUUGUUUUAUACAUUGGGAAACAUUAUAUCAAUGGCCAGUACAAUGUUUCUGAUGGGACCGAUACGUCAGUUUAGAAAUAUGUUUGCAAUGACCCGUAUAUUUGCAACAUUAGCUGUCAUUUUAUUUAUGAUUCUCACUCUAAUGGCUGGUCUUUGGUGGCAUAAUACUGGUCUGGCUAUCAUUUUCUGUAUUUUGCAAUUUAUAGCUUUCAUAUGGUAUUCAUUGUCAUACAUACCAUUUGCUAGAGAUGUGGUUAAAAAGACAUUUUCUUCUUGUGUUUAA